AUGUUCUUCUACGAAAUUGAUAAUGAAGGAGAUGAUUAUUUUGAUGCCCACGAAGAUGAUAGUCUUGACACAAGCAUUGUUGAACCAACACCUUACGACCAGUUCUUGAUCAAAAUUGAGGUGGAAUUUCUGAGGGAACAGGAACACGAAGAAGAUGAUGAUGAACCCGAUAUCUUCCACUUAGAGAGCACAAGUAGAACCGAAAUAUUUCAGGAGCGAUGUGAUCGAUUGCCAUGUAACAACUUACCCUGGAACACCGCUGCAAGAAUGUUGGAUGUAAUGGGAGUGCCAGAGCAUAAACAACCCAUGAUGUUGCACCAAAUACGAUCUUUUGUUGAUAGAAUUGCUAAUGAACCUUAUAACAGGAACAAGAAAAUACUCCCGAUGAGAUUUUUUAUUAGCGUUUUCACGGAUUACUUUGUAGAAGAGAGUAGUGAGGAUUCCAGCGUUUGGAUUCCUAUGAAUACGGAGCAAUUCAACACAAUUUGUGCUGGCAAUGAAUCAGUUGAAGAUUUGGAGAAAGUAAAGAUAGAAGAAACAGAGUUGGGAAGUGAUUGUGUGUGUGUGAUAUGCAUGGAAAAGAUGGAAGUUGGAAGUGAAGCAACAAAAAUGCCCUGUUCUCAUGUGUACCAUGGAAAUUGUUUAAAGAAUUGGUUAGGGGUAAAGAGGGUUUGUCCAAUUUGCCGCUUUGUGUUUCCCUCUUAA